CGGCUCCGGCCAGCAGCUCUCUCCAAGGGGCUGCGGGGCAGCUAUGCAGUUCCCGCACCCGGGUCCCGCGGCUGCGCCCGCCGUGGGAGUACCACUGUACGCACCCACGCCGCUGCUGCAGCCCGCUCACCCGACGCCCUUCUACAUCGACGACAUCCUGGGUCGCGGGCCCGCGGCACCCACGCCCACUCCCACGCUGCCGUCCCCCAACUCCUCCUUCACCAGCCUCGUGUCCUCCUACCGGACCCCGGUGUACGAGCCCACGCCGGUCCACCCCGCCUUCUCGCAUCACCCCGCCGCCGCGCUGGCUGCCGCCUAUGGCCCUGGUGGCUUCGGAGGUUCUCUGUACCCCUUCCCGCGGACGGUUAACGACUACACGCACGCCCUACUUCGCCACGACCCACUGGGCAAGCCCUUGCUCUGGAACCCUUUCCUACAGCGGCCUCUGCACAAAAGGAAAGGCGGUCAAGUGAGGUUCUCCAACGACCAGACCAUCGAGCUAGAGAAAAAGUUCGAGACUCAGAAAUACCUCUCUCCACCUGAGAGGAAACGUCUUGCCAAGAUGUUGCAGCUCAGCGAGAGACAGGUCAAAACUUGGUUUCAGAAUCGACGAGCUAAAUGGAGAAGACUAAAACAGGAGAACCCACAAAGCGAUAAAAAGGACGAGUUGGACAAUUUGGACACCUCUUGUGACCAGGGCCAAGACUUGCCCAGUGACCAGAGUAAAGGUGCUUCUUUGGAUAGUUCUCAGUGUUCGCCCUCCCCAGCCUCCCAGGAAGACCCCGACUCUGAGAUUUCAGAAGAUUCUGACCAGGAAGUGGACAUCGAGGGUGACAAAGGCUACUUCAAUGCUGGAUGAUAAUCCCUGGCAGUGACACGUUCAGAGUCGGACUUUCCAAUACUGUUUGCUACAGACAAACUGGAAAAUUCUAAGCAAGAAAGAGAAAUAACGCUCUUCUAGUGUUCUGAAAAUAUUUGGUGCACUGGCUGAUUAACAAACAUGCAUUGAAUCCUUAAUUUUGAUUUAACAUAUGAUAUAUACCAGUUUUAAGUUGUUUUGAUAAAGUGACUAAAUGUGCCCUCAUUUUUAAAAAGUGAAUUCUUUCUAUUUAUGAGAAGUAAUUUGAACUUUUGUGUAAAGCUUAAAUUAUAACUUUAAAGGUUUUUAAUACACCGUUCUUGAGUGACUUUUCCUAAGUCUGUAGCCAUACCCUCAACUUCAGAGGUGCACUUAGAAAGGGGGCCCACAUUUGGGGCUCCUUGGGACAUUUUAAAAGAGCACACUCGACUUUUACAUGUUAUCUUACAUUGCCGCCUUAACUCCCAAAGCCAUUUCAGAGCACUUGGCUCCUGGUGUUCGUUCUUACAAGCAAGAUAGUUGGUAAGAUUCUUAAAAUCUUGUUUUAAAAAUCUGCCAGUGUCUCUGACCCCAGUAUUAAGGGAUGGUGUAGUCCCUACAGGCAGGGAGACAGACUCAUUUGUGACUGAUCCCAUGUAAACUAGAAAUAGGACAAUUAAAUGUAAGUAGAUUGUAGAAAGUGUGUUUUAUAGAAACAAUGUACAUAGCAUGUAUAUAGAAGUAUUCACUGUAAAAUCCCUGCCAAAAUGAUGUUUGGUUUUUUUUAAUUUAAUGAGUUAACUUGCAUAUACAUCCAUAGUGGGAUGAAUGACCUUGUUGAAAUUCUUACUCUUUGGUUUAAAAAAAUCUAAACAAA